GCCAUGGUCCCCCGCCCGCCGUCUGGGAGGCAGGUGGGAGCGGAGCGGCCGCCAUUGCCUGAGGGGGCUGCGAGGCGGCGGUGGCGGGAGGAUGGACGCUGACGAGGUGACCAUCCGCGAGCAGAACUUCCACAGCCAAGUGCGGGAGUACACGAUCUGUUUUCUUCUGUUUGCUAUUCUGUAUAUUGUUUCCUACUUCAUCAUCAGAAGAUACAAGAGGAAAGCAGAUGAGCAAGAAGAUGAAGAUGCUAUUGUCAACAGAAUUUCGCUGUUCUUGAGUACCUUCACUCUUGCCGUUUCGGCCGGUGCCGUCCUCCUCCUACCUUUCUCAAUAAUCAGUAACGAGAUCCUGCUUUCUUUUCCGCAGAGCUACUAUAUUCAGUGGUUAAAUGGCUCCCUAAUUCAUGGUUUAUGGAAUCUUGCCUCCCUCUUUUCCAAUCUUUGUUUGUUUGUAUUGAUGCCCUUUGCGUUCUUCUUCCUGGAGUCUGAAGGCUUUGCUGGCUUAAAAAAGGGGAUCAAAGCACGCAUUCUGGAAACCCUUGUUAUGCUCAUUCUUCUUGCGCUGCUUAUUCUUGGAAUCGUGUGGGUGGCUUCAGCUCUCAUAGACAACGAUGCAGCGAGUAUGGAGUCUUUGUAUGAUCUUUGGGAAUUCUACCUCCCUUAUUUAUAUUCCUGUAUAUCAUUGAUGGGGUGUUUAUUACUUCUAAUAUGCACGCCAGUGGGACUUUCACGAAUGUUUACAGUAAUGGGCCAGUUGCUUGUGAAACCAACGAUCCUUGAAGACCUGGAUGAACAGAUAUACAUUAUUACCUUAGAAGAAGAAGCCAUCCUGAGGAGGCUAAAUGGUGUAUCUUCUCCCAUGGAGUUUAAUACAAAGCAGCUGGAACAGGAACUUAACAAUGUGAGGAGCAUGAAGAUAAAAUUGGAGCGGCGGAAAAAGGCUUCUGCGUGGGAGAGGAAUCUUGUGUAUCCAGCUGUAAUGAUACUACUGCUAAUUGAAACGGCCAUCUCAGUCCUCUUAGUUGCUUGCAAUAUUGUUCGUCUGCUGGUGGAUGAAACUGCAAUGCCAAAGGGAUCAAGGGGGUCUGGCAUAGGAAAUGCCUCUCUGUCCACAUUUGGUUUUGUGGGAGCAGCUCUGGAGAUAAUAUUGAUUUUCUAUCUUAUGGUCUCCUCUGUCGUCGGCUUCUACAGUCUGCGUUUUUUUGGAGAUUUCACUCCCAGAAAGGAUGACACAACCAUGACGAAGAUAAUUGGAAACUGUGUUUCCAUCCUAGUCCUCAGUUCGGCAUUGCCAGUUAUGUCAAGAACCCUGGGCAUUACCAGAUUCGAUCUCCUUGGAGACUUUGGAAGGUUUAACUGGUUAGGAAACUUCUACAUUGUGUUAUCCUACAAUCUGCUUUUUGCCAUUAUGACAACCUUGUGUCUCGUCAGAAAGUUCACCUCUGCUGUUAGAGAAGAGCUCUUGAAAGCACUAGGUUUAGACAAACUUCACCUCUCACAUGAUGCAAGAGAGUCCGAGGCAGCAAAGACCUCUUCAAACGGGCACCAGAAAACACUGUGAAAAGCAGUUAGGGGAGCUGAGCCCUUUGACUUCAUGACAUUCCUGUCGCUUCAUCACACUUGGUUUUUUUUUUAUUGCUUUUGUUUGUAUGUUGGGUCUAAGUUGAUAAAAAUGAAUCGAGAGAGCUGGAUGCAUCAGACUGCGCUUGUUUCUCGCUGGGAUGGGUC